AUGCUUCUGCUACUGCCAAUCGUUUUUUCUGUGACCACUGUAUACUGCACAAGCCGUAUUUCAGCGCCCGGUUUUCAAGCUGUUAACUUUGCCCAAGCAAAAGAAAGACGAAAAUUGAACGGAAGCGUGAUAAAGCAAGUUGAUGUGAGGUCAGAAGAUGAGUGUAGUCUUCAAUGCGUCAGGGAUGAACGUUGUCUUUCUUACAACUUUAAGAACACAAAGAACGAAUCAGGGACUUUCGCGUGUGAGCUGAGUAAUUCUGACAGAUUUUCUGGCUUUGGUAAUUUCACAGAACAUGACAAUUUUACCUACAGGGGAAUACAGGUAAAAAUCCCUAUUUUUGAUGAUUUUUUUUUUUAAUCAACCAUGUUAGUUUCUCUCAACCCGGAAAAUUUAUAUGACUCCUAUGUCAACAACAAUUACAAUAUAUCGCGCCAAAGAAAGAAAGGCCAUUACAUGUAUUAUAUCGAAGAUUGUUAUAUCGGGGUUCUGUCCGAUAUAUUUUACUGUGACUUUUGCAAGGACAUAGAAUAACCAUAGUUAUACCGUGAACAUCGUUAUAACGAGGAUCGUUAUAGCACUCGAAGUUAAAUUUUCUGUCCUUGUUUCAGCGAGUGCAUGCAGUGGAAGCUCUUUGCGGAAAAACAAAACUGCUCGAAUGGAAUACUUUCUUUGUCUUUUUAGUAUCAAUAGUGUGAUUAAGAUGGCAAAGAUUCCGCUUUUUGAUUUAGGGAGUUUUCUUUAAAUUUUUGGAUUUUACGCUAAAGAUAAUAUAGUAUAAUCCGGCUAAUCCAGAGAGAUGGAAGAAAGAUUGUUCGUCCAAACUGAAGAGCGUUGUUUUCACAUUGAGACCUGAAUUUCAGUCAAAACAUUUUGGAACAGGGCGUUCACCACUCGAAUUGAAGCUUUUUUUCUCUUCACAAUGAAGAAAUAACCAUCCUUUAAAUGCCUUGAUCACCUAAAGAUGUUUCCAAGAUCAAAGCCAAAAUAAAAGCAAAUACCGUUUUUUUUAAUCAACAUACAUGUAGUAACCGUUAGUUGUCAUAAUAUUAAGCAUUGCAUCCAAGAGCACGUUUUUUUAGACAAAUUAGCAUGAGAAGGCGAUACAAGCUGGAAUUAAGUGAAACAAUUAAGUUAUUCGUAGAACCACCUGCCUAGGGGUAUACAUCCCCUGAAGGCCUUCGUCUCCAGACUGUUAACAAAACAUUAAAUGACAUCAAUUAAAGAGACCUAAAAGCAGAACUCCCAAAGGAAAAUAAGUAAGAUUAUGGAAACACAGUCAUGGUAAUUCUUAAGCCGAAACUGGAGGGCAGAGCCACAUUAACUAUUAAACAAAUCAUUAUCCAUUUAAAUAACCAAGCGCUCUAUGUUAACGCGUCAAACAUUCCCAGAAAAUCGAACUGUGAAUCAAUGCAAACCGAUGAAUUUUAUCACAUUUUGGACACCCACUGACCAAUCUUAAUCUAGCAUAAGUAUCUUUUACGAGUAAUUUCAAUUAUACCUGCGUAUCUAAAGGUGCCUUAGACAGCCCAGCACGAGACUAAAAUUUGAAAACAAUGCGUCGAGAACAUUUGUUCCUACUUUCAAAAUGAUGUUGUUCACUAAAGGAAAAGUUAAAAGCAAUUUACAAUAUCGGAUUCCUUACUGUUUCAAAAAUCCAUGCAAGAAUAAUGGGAAGAAUGGCGCCUUGUCAUUCUCUGGGCAGCCAACUAGUUUUGAAGGGGACAGCAAUGUUCUGGUCAAGGCUUGAAGGAACAGUUUUUCAUUGUUUUGAGCAUUUUCGAUCUAAAAUUAAAAUUUAAAAAUGCCCAUCCCUUAAAAGUCAAAAUUUGUUUAAGGACUAAAGUUAAAGGGAAACGUGAUAAAAGAGAUAGAUGUGGAAUCAGAAGGCGCGUGUAGGCUUCAUUGCGUCAAUGAAGAGAGAUGCCGCUCUUACAACUUUAGAAUCACAAACAACAAACCAGGCAAUUUCUUGUGCCAGUUGAGUGAAUCUGAUAGAUUUGCUGGAUUCAGUAAUUUUACAGAAGACGGUGAUUUCAAGUACAAAGGGAUACAGGUAAUAACUGCUUAACUCAGAAUUGUUGGUCAAGUCCAAAAAAUACUCCUCAUGGAUAGCUUUUCUCUUGUUUUCAAAUUUACCUGCGGUUCUAGUGUAGUUUAGGAUCAACUAUUCAAAAAAAAAAACGAAGAAAACGGAAAAAAAAUCUUGCAUGCUGUCAGGAAUAUCUUGAGACUUCAAAUUUAUUUAAAUUUCCAAUUGUUAAAACACUGAUUUACGCUUGAAAAAUGUUGCCUAAAUGCUUUACAACGUAACUACGUCAUAAAGGAACUGUAUCUACUCGUUCAUGAAGUACAUAGUUAGGGUGACUGCGAUUUGUUUACAAUUUGGAGAGCUACUCUUUUAAGAUCAACUGAAAUGGGCUUAUGUCGGUCAUUGUUAAUAAUGCAAGAUAAUUAUGUUGUUGAUGUUAAAGAAACUUUAUCCAGCUUUCCCUCUGUUUGAAAGUGUUUCAAGAAUUAAAACAUGAUUUUCCUGUUUCCAUAUUAUUCGAGAAAUUUUUUAAACCUCGUUCAGUAAAAAAUGUGUGGUUUGAUAAGCUUUAUAUAUCCACCCGGCUUUGUAAUCUUUGCUGUUACCUCUCCCUGACUCGGAUUGUUGUUUUUAGUUUUCAAUUCCGAUUCUUAAUUAAAUUAGACGCCUUUCAUUGCUUAAGGUUAAGAACUUAGAAACAUCGGAAACUGAUUAAGCAUUUUCUCUAUCAUAAAGAGUUAACGUUUAAGUUAGGAAAAAAUCACUUGAGAAAAUUAUCGGUCUGGAAAUACGUUCGUUCAGUUUAGAACUAGAAAACUUAGUAUUUGCUUUUAGGUUUUCUUCGGUUUUGUUUAUAUUAGAAAAUAAUUCGUGGUGUUUUUUAAAGGAGCAAUAAAUCUGUAUAAAAAGUGAAAUUCUCGAACUUGUGUGGAAAUAACCUUAUUCACAAAACAACAGAACCCUACUCAGACCAGGGAGGCUUUUAAGACCCCCGUCCCCCCCCCCCCCCCCCACCUCGCUAAAAAGUUGUAGAACUUCGAAACCGUUCAAGCUCACCGAAAAUGGCGACUUUUCCUAAAAUUUAUCGCAGCGCAGUAAGGGACGAAGACUCGAGGUACGAGAUUGGUAUUUGAAGGGAAAUGGAGAAUCAUUAGGCGCGUGAGCACAACAUGUUCGCGUGCCUCUUUAUUCAUGAAACCCUAAAUUGAUGUUGUUGCUGUGCUUGUUUAUGUUGAGAACAGAGCGUCUGCGAAGCCAGCAGCGUAGAUCCUUGCGGUGACAAAGGAAUCUGCAUCCCCGACUAUUCCAAGGACAGCUUUACAUGCAAAUGUGACAAAGGUUACGGAGGAAGACCAUGCGGUAAGCUGCAAUCGUUUCAUAAACACCCAAGUUGCACUUCUAAGGAUCUUCUCCUAUCCCCCCUGGGAUGGGAAGAGGCUUUAAACUAAAUGACUCUAUGGAUAGUCAGUCAAAAGUUACACUUAAGAUCAUUUAUCAGUUAAUUACCCAUUUCAGAAUUAAUAAAAGACUGCUCUAAACUUGGUCAAAGUGGUUUCACAUCAAGUGGAGUCUACUACAUCAUCCCAGAUGGUGGCAGUCCAAUACAAGUGCUGUGUGACAUGACUACGGACGGUGGAGGUUGGACUGUCUUUCAGAGACGUUUAAACGACUCUAAUUUUAACUCAUUUGAAUUAAGAGUUGUAAAAUAGUUUCAAAAUAAUUAUAUUUGUCAGCGAUUUCCUUAAAAAAGUUCACACCCAAACUCUUUUACCUCUUUUACAUUCCAGAAUUAAUCAUAAAAGACUGCUCUAAACUUGGUCAAAGUGGUUUGGCACCAAGUGGAAUCUACUACAUCAACCCAGAUGGUGGCAGCCCAAUACACGUACUGUGCGACAUGACUACAAACGGUGGAGGUUGGACCGUCUUUCAGAGACGUUUAGAUGGCUCGGUAGAUUUUUAUCGGGCUUGGGAAUCAUACAAAAAUGGAUUUGGAGAUCUAAACAGUGAGUUCUGGCUUGGAAACGACAAUCUACAUCGUUUGACAGCCUCUGGUGACGUCAUGCUAAGAGUUGACCUGGAGGACUUUGAUGGCAGCAUAACAUACGCUGAGUAUACAACAUUUCAGGUAGCUGACGAAGCAGAUAAAUACAGGAUUACGAUUGGAGGGUACAAUGGUACUGCUGGUGACUCGAUGGUAGAUAACGGAGGGCAGACCCUAAGGUAAGCAAGUAUUUCGCUGGUAAUUAAUUUGUAGCAACAGAAAAAAAAAGGCCAAUACCGUGCUUAUAACCGGCUCCCCCACUUACAAGCCACCUCCAGUUAUAAACCCAUCUAUAGACCCGUAAACCAAAGAAUACAUCCGAUUACAAGCCUCCGGAUAUAAGCCCCUCACGAAUCUUUUGAAUUCUUUUGAAUUAUUAUGACAUUUUAAAGGUUAAUUAAAAAAAACAGUAAUUGCAAGACCUAUUAGGACUACCAUAUCUUGUUUCAAGGCGCUGUUUCUAUUUCGGGUAUAAAACAGCUCGGAUAUAAGUCCCUCCGUUUAUACGCCCUUCUAAAACCCUGACGAAGAUGUAUAAGCCCAGGGAUAAGCGGCCGUUUUACGGUAUCAAAUCAACAAUCUUUCAGUAAUAUAAUUUCCUUUUAAGCCCAUCUUACACUGCUGCAAGAGCCCAUAACCCGGAGUGAGCAACUCCCAUGCGAGGCCUAUGUCACGGCGUUUUUACGGACCAGUUUAUUUUUAGACACAUUUUAGGGCACUUUUUCCCGCGAAAAUAGAAUCUCGACCAUGUCUAUGAGAGCAUUCGUUAGGUCUGUAGGUUUUGCUGACCGGUUUGUGGAAUUUAAAAGAUAUUCAAAAUUGGGCGCUAAAACCGUUCUAAAAAUUAACUGGUCCGUGAAAACGCCGUGACACGAGCGCAUGGAAGUUGCUCACUCCUGACUGCUGUUACGAUUCUUUUUACCCUUACGAUAAGUAAUCGCCAGCGCCGAACACCUUAGAUACCUUCUCCCUCUUAUUCAAAUCAUCUAUUAGUUGGUUAAGUCUCGUAUACUCUUAAGCGACCACAGCCACAUAAGUAGCAUCUGUAUCUGAACUGAAGGGUGCAGCAGUGAGCUGUAAUGCACAAAGCCUUCACUUCGGAAGCAUGAUGCGUAUUGCGCGAAUGUAAGGAUGGAAAGUUUUGCUUCAACAAUCCGGAAUCCGGAGCAAAUUCGCUUGUGGAAUACGGAAUCCUGGUCUUUGGAAUCCGGAAUCUACCUCAAUGAAUUCGGAAUCUCACCAACAAUUGGAAUCCGAAAUCCAAGUUCCAAUUUUUUAAAAAAUGAGGAAUCCAGUACUGGAAUCUGGAAAUCCACAGCGUGGGAUCCAGAAUCCAAGACCGUCCCUUACAUGGGGUGACUCGAAAAUUCCAACUCCAAAUCCACCUUGAAAUCCACCUCGAAAUCCAUCUCGAAAUCCUAACUCGGUAAAUAAAUAACCUCCUGACAAACAAAUCUCUUUGUAAAAUUUGUGCCAUUAUCAAACUGUGACGUUUUCCUGCAGUAACUUACAGUUUUCAACCAAAGAUGUCGACAAUGAUCGGACCUCUGGCAAUUGCGCUGUUUCAUUGAAAGGAGCAUGGUGGUACCAUUCCUGCACUUUGGUCAAUCUAAAUGGUUUGUAUCGUUGGGGAUCUUAUAACACCAGGCACCCUAACGACGGAGUAAGAUGGGUCACGUUUAGAGGACAUUAUUAUUCGUUGAAACGCACUGAGAUGAAAUUAAAACCUAAACCAUAA